GGCAAGGGAGGCGGUCCCCGGCCUAGGUCUCACUACGACUGCGCAGACGGGAUCCCGGGUGAACAUGGCGACUUGCGCCGAUAUCCUGCGGAGCGAGUUCCCAGAAAUUGACGGGCAGGUCUUCGAUUACGUGACCGGCGUCUUGCACAGCGGCAGCGCGGACUUCGAGUCUGUGGAUGACCUGGUAGAAGCUGUGGGGGAACUAUUGCAAGAAGUGUCCGGGGACAGCAAGGAUGACGAGGGCAUCAGGGCUAUCUGUCAGCGCAUGUACAACACUCUGCGCCUGGCUGAGCCACAGAACCAGGGAAACAGCCAGGUGCUACUGGACGCCCCCAUCCAGUUGUCAAAGAUAAUGGAAAACUACGACUGUGACACCAAACUACCAGGACUGCUAAAGAGGGAACAGUCCUCGACAGUAAAUGCCAAGAAACUAGAGAAAGCUGAAGCUCGCCUGAAGGCAAAGCAGGAGAAACGCGGUGAGAAGGAGACCCUGAAGAGCAGCAGCCCCCUAGUCCUGGAGGAGGCGUCGGCCAGCCAGGCGGGCAGCAGAAAGGAGAGCCGGUUGGAGUCAUCCGGCAAGAACAAGUCCUACGAUGUGCGAAUUGAAAACUUCGAUGUGUCCUUUGGUGACAGGGUACUGCUGGCUGGAGCAGAUGUGAACUUGGCAUGGGGCCGACGCUAUGGGCUGGUGGGACGCAAUGGGCUGGGGAAGACGACGUUGCUGAAGAUGCUGGCCACCCGGAGCCUGCGGGUUCCAGCCCAUAUUUCCCUUCUCCACGUGGAGCAGGAAGUUGCUGGAGAUGACACCCCUGCCCUGCAGAGUGUGCUGGAAAGUGACACCAUCCGAGAGGACCUGCUACGGCAGGAACGGGAGCUCAGUGUCAAGAUUGCUGCUGGCAGGGCAGAGGAUUCAGAAGUUUCACAGUUGGCAGAAGUCUAUGCUAAACUGGAGGAAAGUGAGGCCGAUAAGGCACCUGCCAGAGCAUCAGUCAUCCUUGCGGGGCUUGGUUUCACCCCUAAAAUGCAGCAGCAGCCUACCAGGGAGUUCUCAGGUGGCUGGAGGAUGAGGUUGGCCUUAGCCCGGGCUCUGUUCGCCAGGCCAGACCUUCUGCUGUUAGAUGAACCCACAAACAUGCUGGACGUAAGGGCCAUCGUGUGGCUGGAGAAUUACCUGCAGACGUGGCCCUCCACCAUCCUGGUUGUCUCUCACGACCGCAACUUCCUAAACGCCAUCGCCACAGACAUCAUCCACCUGCACAGCCAGCGGCUGGACGGCUACCGGGGGGACUUUGAAACCUUCAUCAAGAGCAAGCAGGAGCGGCUGCUCAACCAGCAGCGCGAGUAUGAGGCACAGCAGCAGUAUCGCCAGCACAUCCAGGUGUUCAUUGACCGGUUCCGAUACAAUGCGAACAGAGCCUCCCAGGUGCAGAGUAAACUCAAGAUGCUGGAGAAGCUACCUGAACUGAAGCCGGUGGACAAGGAGUCCGAGGUGGUGUUGAAGUUCCCCGAUGGCUUUGAGAAGUUCUCACCACCUAUUCUGCAGCUGGAUGAGGUGGAUUUCUACUAUGACCCUAAGCACGUCAUCUUCAGUCGCCUGUCUGUCUCUGCUGAUCUUGAGUCUCGCAUAUGCGUGGUUGGGGAGAAUGGUGCUGGGAAAUCCACAAUGCUGAAGCUGCUCAUGGGGGACCUGACCCCUGUUGGAGGUAUCAGGCAUGCGCACAGGAACCUGAAGAUAGGCUAUUUCAGCCAGCAUCACGUGGAACAGCUAGACCUGAACGUCAGUGCUGUGGAACUCCUGGCUCGCAAGUUUCCUGGGCGGCCCGAAGAGGAGUAUCGCCACCAGCUGGGCCGGUAUGGCAUCUCUGGAGAACUAGCCAUGCGGCCUGUUGCAAGCUUAUCUGGGGGCCAGAAGAGCCGGGUAGCCUUUGCUCAGAUGACCAUGCCUUGCCCCAACUUUUAUAUUCUGGAUGAGCCCACAAACCACCUCGACAUGGAGACGAUUGAGGCCUUGGGCCAGGCUCUCAACAGCUUCAGGGGUGGCGUAAUUCUGGUAUCCCAUGAUGAGCGUUUCAUCAGGCUGGUGUGCAAGGAGCUGUGGGUGUGUGAGAAGGGCAGCGUCACCCGGGUUGAGGGAGGAUUUGACCAGUACCGUGCCCUCCUCCAAGAACAGUUCCGCCGGGAGGGCUUCCUGUAGCGUCCCUGGCUGAGGGGACUGUGCCAGGACAUGGACUGUUUCUGCAGACCUCUGAGCUACUAUGUAGGCACCAACUCCAGGCUGCGGACUUUCCUGCCUGGGGACGGCCUUACUUCCUAAAUUUCUCUUUUCCUUUCAACUGGAUCAUCCUCUGCACAAUGUGGGGAGACCUAUCAAAGGACCUGUGAAUACAGUCCUGAGGGAAAAGGAUAGGGGUGCCAUCUGGGGUUAUAAGUACCCCACUGCCCAGCUUGACAGGGCCCCACAUGGCUGCUAUGUAAAUUAAAUAUCCUCCUGUAUCUCUUGCCUCAGCUCUGCUCCUUCAUGGGCAGGGCUUGCUGUGGUUUUCUGCUGUGGUUCUAGGCUCUCUGGUUGGCGUUUCCUAUGAUGUGAAUGUCAGUCACAUAGACCAAACAGUAGUGCCAGCCUUCCUCUUGUUGGGCGAUGUCACCUGUCUGUCCCUUGGGUGGGCCUGAGCUGGCAGAAUGCAGAGCAAUGUUUUGGGAUUCCUGUUGCUCGUACCCUAGCCCGGAAUUAGCCUCAGCCGAGAGGACCUUGGGCUCUGCUGUCUCAGCCCCUGCUGCUUAGGGGUUUGAAAUGAUUCUGGAAUCUACCCUCAUACACAGCCAACUGCUUUCUCUGGGGACUCUGGCCCGGCCUCCCUUUGCUCUAAUCUGGACCUUCAGGGCUCAAGAGAAACUAUUGUUCCCAGUUUGCCCUGGUGACUUAAUGUUCUGGAUUCCUCUCUGACCGUGUAGAUGUAGCCUUGGAAGUAGGGGGUUGUCUAACUGAAAGAAAGGGGGCAUUUCACUCUUUUCAAAUCAAGCCGAAGGAGGAUUUGAGAGAGUGGCCUGAGCUGCCCCUGUGAGACCCAUCGCUGUUACAGGAGGGAAGAGAUAUGCCUGGCAG